UCGAUUCGUGGAUGGCCAGCUUGGUCGGGGACCUCUACAUCGAGUUAAAGUCUGGCGGAGACGGGCACGAUGCAGGAUGAUGCUACAUCCAUCACACUUGCCAACUUUCGCGCUUCCAUUCCCAUCGACUUCUCCCUCUGCCUCAGUUCUCUCAGACAGGCACUUCCAUCUCUCCACUCCAUUGUCGCUGGUUGAGCCCACUCGCUGUAGCACAGACAUCACGACCUGGAAUGACCCACAGCAUGUCGGGCCACGAUGAUCCCAAGCUGCUCUAUGCCAUCAAAGGCAUCAAAGCAUACCACAUUCAAGAUGGCCAAGAGCAAGAUCUAUGCCCAUCUGGCCCGCAGACUCUCUCACUCCUUAUGGUGCCGACGACCUCUGCAUUCGCGGACCGGACCACUGCUGGAGCAGCCCCAGAUCAAGACUUCUAUCUUCAUCUAAAUCUUCCUCCAGAGCUGGACCUGCCACUCCCUGCGACGACGCAGGUCUACCAUCAGCCGCCAACGAGCUACCUGAUACCCCGCUGGGAUAUGGGUCCAGGCGCAGGUGCCUUUACGAGAAUCGAGUUUCCCAAUCUCGGGUCUGGCGUUACGCAGGACGAUGUCGAUACGUUCGAGACCAUCCUCGCGCAAUGCACUGCAUUCCUGGAGCGCGCGAAGCCCCCAAAUCCAGCACAACAGAAUGAGAAGGGAGGCUUGUACAACCCUCGAGACUAUGCGCCUGGUGGUCAGUUUGCACAUGACGAUGUGUAUGGCAAAAAGCAUGGAGAGAUCGUGUUGAUCGAUGAGGACAAUGGCAGUGUGGUGGGAGAAGUUGCUGGGGAUGCGCAGAUCUUCGAGGACUCAAAGCUCAAGCCAGGCUCAAAAGACCCUGUGGAGGUGCAGAUCAGUGCGGAUGGCAAGCGCAUCGAGGUGCGACCAGUGUCAGAAGACUAUCUGCGGAUGGCCCGGCAUCCAGCAUACCAAGACAGCAGCAUUGUGCAAAAUGCCGCUACCGCAUCACGUCUACUUGUGACUUCGACGUCUUUCGUUGGCAAUUGGUUUACCAAGGGCGCCGAGAACUUUACCAAAUCUACGAAACCGGUGACAAAGCCUCUCGAGUUCAAGCCGGCCACACAUGAUAGAGUGCGAAAGAUCAAUACUUUGACCACGAGUGUAGCUUCUACUAGCAAUAAGACGAUCGGGAAACUUGGGCAUCACAUUCAGAACUUUACCGCAAAGGCUAGCGGUCACACUAAAGACCGGCCGCACAAGGGCUUCGACGAAAAAGGCAAUCCGCUCGAUAAGGACGACUACAAGCCGGGUAUGCUAAAUAAGAGCAUGAUCGCCUUCAGCACAGUCAUGGACGGUAUCGCAACUAGCGGCAUGACACUGCUGAAUACUUCUGGGGCAGCAGCCAGCACGAUGGUAGGACAUCGAUGGGGACAAGAAGCCGGAUCCAUUGCGGGUGAAUUGGCUGGUGGAGUCAAGAAUGUUGGUCUAGUAUACAUUGACGUGACUGGAGUCUCACGCAAAGCUGUGAUCAAAAGUGUGGCCAAGGGCAUGGUCAUUGGGAAAGUGAGAGGUGGAGGCGAAGUAGUAGUCGGUGGCGGUGAUGGAGGCGACCUCACUCAAGAAGAGCUACAACGAAUGCAGGCUGAGCAGAAGCAAGGCAUUCCGAAUGGAUCUCAGAAACCAGGCGUGCCCCAGGGAGGUUAUCAUCCCACAAGCUCGACAUACGAUCCAGCUGGGUUAAAUGGUGCCGCGCCUCCUCGCUAUCAGGAGUCAAGUCAGCCGGGCGGUUAUUCGCAGCAGCAAUACGAUCAGAAGCGAUAGUUGAAUGAUGCAAACGGAAUGAGCAACGCUUACGAUGGAAUGAUUCACGCAGCAGCAUGAGAUCGCAGAUGAUUUACAAGAUAUGCAGGAAUGAUUCUUUGCUUUUUACAAUUCCCGUUCCGACCGCAGCAGCACCUAGGAGGUACUGGCAGUUGUACCUUGCAGAGUGCUUGUAACAGUCUUGGCACUUAGCUCAAUUUAGCCUAAACAAUUCUCCGCUAGUGGCAUCGUUUUGACUUGGGAGAACAUCACCUCUACUUCUGUACUGAUUCACGCAAUAUCAUUAUUUACUCG